AUGUUGGGGAUAAAUCUAGUGAGAACAGCCGCACGGCUAGUUCUUAAGAGGAACUCCGCAAGAUGUCUUCAUAAUAGUGCUAAAGUGUGGGAUAUUCAACCAUUUUUGAUGCCUGCCAUGUCCCCUACAAUGGAAAAGGGCGGUAUAGUCUCAUGGAAAGUCGAAGUAGGUAAUACCUUCUCUGCUGGGGAUGUUCUUUUAGAAGUAGAAACAGAUAAAGCUCAAAUUGAUGUCGAGGCUCAAGAUGAUGGUAAGUUAGCGAAGAUUCUGCGCAAGGAUGGGUCCAAAGAUAUCUCAGUUGGUGAAACCAUUGCAUUUAUUGCAGAACCAAAUGAUGAUUUAUCCACCCUUGAGAUUCCUGAAAUAGCACAAGACAAGAGGGAGAAGGCUCAUGCUUCAUCAGGAAAAAAGGAUGAACUUCAAGCUAAAUCUUCUCCACAAGCAACACCUACCAAAGGUGCAAAACGAAGUGCUGUUAAAUUGCACACCGCAAACCCAAAUCAGACUCUAUUACCUUCUGUUUCAUUGCUUUUAGCUGAGAAUAAUUUAUCAAAAGAAGAUGCGUUUAACAAUAUCGAAGCUACGGGAUUAAAUGGUAGACUAUUGAAAGGUGAUGUCUUGGCUUACCUUGGACGUAUUGACAACGAAAACUUACUGGGUAUUACCGAAUAUAUUCGUAACUCUGAAUCAUUAGACUUAUCUAAUAUCAAGGUAAAACCACGGCAGGCAAUGGAAACUCAAGAAAUCAGCAAAGAGAAGGUUGAAGAGACUAAAAAAGAAGCUGCCAUCAAGAAAGCUCCUCUAAUAUUAAAUGAAGAAAUUAUACUAACUGUUCCUAGUGAAGUUAAUGAGCUUAAAUUGAGCAAAUCGUUGCGUUCCUUUAUAGAUGAAGCGUAUCAUUAUACUCACAGGGCAUCUUUAGAAAAUGAACAAUCUAAUUAUUUUGAUGCUAUAUUUGAUGAGCUAACUACUCCAAAUUUAAGGGCACCAAGAUUUAAGUACAGCUAUGACAUUAUUCCAUUAAAUACAAAUAGCAAUAACAUGAUGGGGGAAGAGGACGAUAUUUUUGAUAUCCUAUCUUCAAGAAAGAGGAGAGCAAGUGUUGAAAGUAGACGCAACAACGAAAAGACCAACGACUAUCUAUUAAAUUUAAGAGUAGCUGUCUCGAAUAGGUUUUUAGAUUCUGAAAAAAAGGCCUCAAGAUUUAUUGAAUAUAUCAAACAAGUUGAAAUUUUUUAG